AGCAGCGGCAGGGAGGAUGCUGCCGAGCAAAUGAAUGAAGAUGCGGGGCUGAAAGAGAGGAGGACGAAUCGGCGGAUGGAGCACCAGCAUUAUAUUUUGGACAUGAUUUGAAGAGCAGUUGAACGUUUUGGCUAAAUUACAAGUGAGCAGUAAGACAGGAAACCAGCUUGUUGAGGAGUGACGGCGCGUCCGUUUGUAGUCUAUAUAAUUAUUUUUUGGUUGACAUCGCUGUCUUUGAGGAGGAGGAGGAGGAUGUUAAAGACUGGAGUGUUUGCACCAAGUGUAUUUUGUCUUUUUCUCCAGAAACAGCUUCUUCUUGAAAGAAGAUGCUUACCGUCUCCAUGGGGCGUUGAAGGUCUUAACUUGCGGCGGUGAAAAACACUCGGUUAAAGGGAUUUAAUGGCACAGCGGACGGCGAGAAAGACCCAGCGAUUGAAACUGGGAUUUAUGAACAGUCGGCUUAUUGAGAUUGAGGGUUCGGAUCUUAAGGUUUUUUUCGGCUGAGGAUAAAUAUCUGUACAAGUAUUAGUGUGUCCACCGUUGCUCAAAUCUCACAGUGUCCAACCAAAGGAGUAACGUUAACUGUUAAUCAGCAAGCUAGCAUCGGACAGAUGAAGCUAGCUUAACGUUAUUUGACAGGUUAGACAACAAUUUUGUUUGUCUCUUUUAUUUAUUUUUUCCCCCCUUUUGUAUUUAAAAGCUUACUUUAGUUAGAAGUGACACUGCCUUUCCUGUCAGUCAGUUUAACGUUAGCUAGUUAAUCCUCGUUUGUGUGUUAACUGGAGGAGUUUUGUUUAACGGCUGCUAACGGUCGCUCCUACUAACUGGCAGUCAGUGCUGCUGUGAGUUCUUGCUCUUCAUCAUCAUCAUCAUCAUCAUCAUGCAUGCGCCAACACGUUUGCUCGGAUGAAACCAACACCCCACCAAAAUGUACUCAAGGGCAUAACAACAACACCACCACGAAGACAUGUCGGACUGAAUACAGCACCGUGGCUCCGCCGACCGUGAAGUCGCAACAACCACAGCGGCUUUAGUUUGGAGAGAGAGCGGAUCAAGAGCUGAAGCUAGUCCCCACUGAAAAGCCUGUUCACACCGCCCUCAAGAGACCACAGACAGCAGGACCAGUUUCGACUAAACCCAAGCCUCCAAAAUCCAGCAAAAAUGGGAGAGCAGCCCAUCUUCAGUACACGGGCCCACGUCUUCCAGAUCGACCCAAGCACCAAGAAGAAUUGGGUUCCCACCAGUAAACAUGCUGUCACCGUCUCCUACUUCUACGACAAUACCAGGAAUGUAUAUCGAAUCAUCAGUCUGGAUGGAUCAAAGGCCAUUAUCAACAGCACCAUCACCCCCAACAUGACGUUCACAAAGACAUCGCAGAAGUUUGGCCAGUGGGCCGACAGCCGGGCGAACACCGUCUACGGCCUCGGCUUCUCGUCUGAGAGCAAUCUGGCCAAGUUUGCAGAUAAGUUUGCAGAGUUCAAAGAGGCGGCACGGUUAGCCAAGGAGAAGUCUCAGGAGAAGAUGGAGCUCACCAGCACUCCCUCUCAGGAGUCAGCCCCGGGUGAUCUGCAGUCACCUUUGACCUCAGAGAGCAUUAACGGUACAGACGACGAGACAGUCACACCAGACGCACCCCAGCACAUCGAAGCCAGAGCAGAGCCUUCCCAGAAUGCACUUGCCUUCUCACACAGUUCCACCAGCAUCAAUAAGCACUGGGAGGCGGAGCUGGAGGCUCUUAAGGGGAACAACGCCAAGCUAACGGCGGCGCUGCUCGAGUCCACGGCCAACGUCAAACAGUGGAAACAACAGCUGGGCGCUUAUCAGGAGGAAGCUGAGAGGCUACACAAACGGGUGACGGAGCUGGAGUGUGUGAGCGGCCAAACAACGGUGAUCAAAUCCCAAAAGACAGAACUCAACCAAACGAUAGAAGAGCUGGAGUCGGCGCUGAGGGCCAAGGAGGAGGAGUUGGAGAGACUGAAAGCAGAGGUGGAGAGUGCCAACGAGUUCCAGUCUCAAAAAGACUCCCUCGCUCUGAAGCUACGGGACACGGAGUCGAGGAACGAGACGUUGGAGGCCCAGCUGAGCGAUCUGGAGCAGCGUCUGGAGAGCAACCAGCAGGAGAGGGAGGCCUUUCACAAGAGCCUGCGCUCCCUGCUCGAGCUGCUGGACGGCAAGCUCUUCGAGCUGAACGAACUUCGGGACACGCUGGCCAAACUCAUCGAGUGCAGCUAGAGAGGCCGACGCCACCAGCAGCCAGCGCUCAGAGAAGAAACCACCUGCAUGUUGGCACUCACCGACACGUUAAGCAACUUGAAUUCUCUUCUUCUUCUUUUUUUCUCUCCACAUGUAUACGAUACUUGUGAAAGAGUAUGUUUACACACAACUUUAUGCAUUAACGGUACACACACAUUUUUUCUACGGGACAUGUUUACAAUCAAGCCAAGUUAAAGGGUACCUCAGGUAUGUUUCAACCUGGAUCCUACUUUCAUGUUUUUCUGUCUGUGUGACUAAAUGGGACAAUUUUUUUUAAAAUUGGUCCGGUAUUGAGCGAGCGCACUGCAGUCGGUUCACUAAAGUGCAUGUUUUUACCAUUGACGGGCUCAGAUUGUCAUUAUAGGUGUCUGACAACAUGGUGGAAAGGAUCCAUGCAGAGAAAGACCGUUUUUCAAAGAGUACAAACCUUUUUUGUUUAACCAGAUACAUUUGCUAUUUCGUUCUCGUCAAAGCCACCAGGCUCCAUUGAGGAAAACAGAAAUUUUACCUGUCAGAACAAGGGAGUUGCUUGUUUACCGCUGCCUUGGUCGGUUAGUUUAGUUUUCUCAAGGGAGUCUGGUGGCUUUGAUGAGACAGUAUAGCGACCGUGUUUCUGGUUAAACAAAAAGGAUGUCACAUCUUAAUGUCUAUCUCUGUAGAGAUCCUUUCCAUAAUGUUGUCAGACACCUAUAAUGACAAUCUUAGCCUGUCAGUGGCAAAAAGUCCGCAAGGAUUAUGGUGCGGCUCUGUUUUGCUGCUGCCCAAUGCAGCGUGCUCGCUCAAUACUGAACCAAUUUCAAAAAUGUUUCCUAAUUAGUCACAAAGAGAUAAAAACAUUGAAAAAUAGGGUCCAGGUUGAAAAAUACAGAGGUUACCCUUGAGAGAGGCUUUGCUUGGACCAUGCCUUCCCUCUGCUCCACUCUUGACGGUCUGACAACACUUUUAAAACUCAGAACAUGAAUCUGUUUUUGUUCUUUGUCUCUUGAAUGUCAUGCCGUUUGACGGGACGUUGAGUGUCAUUUUUGUUUUUGUUUUUGGUUCAGGUUUUUUUUUUUUUGUCCAUAAAGACUUUGUUAAUUAAUUAAAGACGGCCUGCGCCGUCACCAGGAGCCGGCGAGUCUUCUUUUUUGUUUUUCUCUCUCUUCCUCACGUCAUCGUCAGCCAAAUGGACACUUGAGAGUCAGACAGGAAGGACUCGGUUUGACUUUUCCUACACUACUCUUUUUUUUGUUAUUUGAACUCUGCGGGGUCGAAUGUCAAGAAGAGAAAACUACAAAUGUCCCCCCUGUGACUGUAAUCCAACAAGGGACCGCCAAAACAAACGGCCGGCGAGGACUACGUCUUAUAUUCUUCUACAAUAUAUAUGAGCAAUACAAAAAGGGAGCAUCAGAGGGUAAAUAAACACUUUCCACUCUCACUUUCAGGUAAUGUUACUCUCUGAUACGUUUAGACCACAAGCGAGGCAGGAUUUUAAUCACUUUCUUUCUUUACACUUUUUUUAAAGAAUACCACUCCAACAAAUUCAUAGUGCACUUGUAAAAAUGGAGUUUGUGUGUUCGAGUGAAUCAGAUGUUUUCUCUUCCCUCUUGUUUCUGUUGCGACUUGAAGUGCAAUGAUUGAAUCCUUUUUGUUAAUUUAUUACUGAAGCAACUGUUACUGAAGAUGAGGAUUAUGAUGGAAGUUGUACAAAGAUCUUUAUUUACUAUCUUGUUUUCACUUAAUAUGAUUUUUUUUGUCUAGUAUGUGGGGUGUCAAGGUAGUUUUUGUUUUUUAGGGGGGAAAAAUGGCAAUAUUUUUGAACUAUUUAUCAAAAGGAGAUGAAAAUCGCACGUUGGAUUUGCAGAGAAUCUUUUUUUUUUUUUUU